AUGGCAUCGUCCGACCUUCCGCCCAUCAUGUUAGACCACCUUUACUCCAUGGAUGACAAUCUCAAAGCAGGAGGGCCGCUCUUGUUGCUUGAGGACGCCCCUGAGAAUCCCGUUGUCAGUGAUGAGCCAUUGCCAAAAACUGCUCCUAUAGUUGAACCUGCCUCCAUAUCCAGGUGUUGCUUUGAGAAGGGCCUAUUUCCAGCCGUUCCCUUAUUUUUUCAAGGGCUGGUCAAAGUGGGUUGA